AUGGUGACAAAAGAAAGAGAUUUCGAAGACGAGUUGAUCUCGGCGUGGGAAAGUAAAAGAUAUGUUCCCAAGCCUGGUGAGCCUGCGUUACCUCCGCAGCUCUCGGACUUGGUGCAGAAGACUCCGGAAGAAGUAAUGACAGAACUCAACAGAUUACCCUUGUUCAUGAGCCAGCUAGACGAGACGGAUGGCGAGGGAGGAGAAAAUGUGGGACUUGAGGCGUUGAAGAGUUUGGCAUAUGAUGGUGAGCCUGACGAAAUCGCCACAAACUUCAAAAAUCAGGGCAAUAACUGCUUCAAGUUCAAGCAGUACAAGAAUGCUGUAGAGUACUACACUCAGGGCCUCGAAGUGGAAUGUAAGGUGGACGCAAUCAAUGUUGCUUUGUAUGUUAACAGGGCUGCGUGCAACUUGGAGUUGAAAAAUUACAGACGGUGCAUUGAAGAUUGCAAGAAAGCUCUCCUUAUAGAUGAGGACAACGUCAAGGCAUGUUACAGAGCAGGAAGAGCCUUUCUAGCAGUGGAAAGAUAUGACGAAGCAAAGCAGGUGUUGCAAUAUGGUCUUACCAAAGAUCCAGAGAACAAAGCGAUCCAAGAGACUCUCCGGAAAGUAGAAGAGAAGGAGAAGCAGAUCGAAGAGAAGAGAUUGAAGAAGGAGAGAGAGGAACACCAAGAACGUUUAAGGAAAGAGCUCCUCACGAACGCUGUCAAGUUGAGACACUUUGAGACUGUAAAGACACCUCGUCCAGCUGAUUACCUUGAGGAUGCUAAGCUUAGGUUGGAAGAUCCAGCAGACUAUGAAUCACAGCUUAUCUUCCCUGCGGUGGUUCUUUACCCUACAACGGACGAAUUUGAUUUUGUUGCCGAAAUUAGUGAGCUAACCACCCCUCUAGAGCUCUUGGAGAUGGUUCUUGAUAGACCGCAAUCGUGGUUUGAGGAUCCAAAGCACAAGAAUUUCACUGUCAAAUCUCUUGAAUGUUACAUGGAGACUAUUACGGGAGGUUUGAUCAAGGUGGGUAAAAAAGUGCCAAUCAACAAGGCUUUGAUGUCUGACAAAGCCAAAGCUCCUUUAUUCGACAACGCUUUGAGACUCUACGUGGUACCAAAACAGGAUUCUCCAGAGUGGUUGUCCAAAUGGAACAAAGAGGUGGCACUUUCGAAGCGCCAGGCCUGA